UGUUCUGUGGCAAUCGAAUGGGUGGCGCUGGCGGAAAACUUCUUGGACUACUGUUGUGUUUGCAAUGUCUGACAGAGUUGCAUGGAGUCUUCAUAAGGUUCACCAAUGUAACCUGCGAGAGCAAGGACCUUAGCAUGAGUAUCGUGGAGUACUGUGCGGUUACUACGCUGAGCAAGAAUAAAAAUAGCAUUAGUCUUCGGUACGCUUUGCUCAAGCCUGUGUUUAGAAAUAUAGAGAUUUACUUUCAGCUGAUGACCAGGGGCAGAGAGAGUAUGCACGCGGUUUCAAACUGGCAGCCCUUCCUCUAUACGAUGAAACUUGAUUUGUGUCGAUUCUGGAAAAACCACCACAACUAUUUGGCCAGGAUGGUGUUUGAGUUCAUCGAUGGGCACACGAACAUGAACCACACUUGCCCCUACACGAAAGAAAAAUACAUUUCCAUUGAUGGUGUGACGAAUACCGAAGUCUCCGCCAAGAUCCGUGGAGUGCCAAUGCCAAAGGGUUUCUACGCCUUGUUCACCAAGUGGUCCACUGAUAACAUAACUCGGGUUCUGACCCACUUUUACUUUGAAGUUAUCAGCCCUUGAUGUUUAUAUACCACUGAAAAAAAU